CUCUUCAUCUGAAGUGGAGAUGGCCGAGUACGUGAGUGAGGGGUUGGACUUUCCCAGACACGUAGAUCCGAAUCUAUCUCUAUAUAACAUGAUCUCAAACCUCGAGUAAAGGACAUACCCAACAGCAGAAUCAUCUCUUGGCAAUUCUUCUAUCCUCAAGUUGUUGAACACCAACCACCAUGGCAACCAUCGCUUCUGAGCCCAUCGACCCUCCCUCUCUCAACCCCAAGUCAUCCUCCCCUACCUACGAUGAAGUCGCAGCAAAGGUUGAGCGUCUGGUGGGUAGCGAUCCGACGCCUCGGAAAUAUGUCGAUGUCGUGGAGCAUCUCACAGCCGAGGAGGUCGAUAUCUUGAUGACUGGCGUCGACAAGAUCAAGCCUAUCGCGGACGAGGAAGAGGCAGCGGCCUAUACGACGGGAGCAGCCAAGACGCUGGUCUCUGAUGAGUGUAUUGAAUACCUCCGGCUGGCGUCCAAUGCGGCGGUGGAUGCGGCGAACGAGAUCGAAAGGGUAUUUGUGGAUUUGCAGUUGAAGAUUGCGCAGAUUGAUAUUAUUCAUCACUCCGGUUUUCAGGACGAGCUUAUUGAGCAUGAGAGGCUGUAUCGCCGCAUUCUUGCCGAGAGCAGGGAUCUGGCAACUGAUCUCGCUGUUCAUGGCGAUCGUUUCGAUCUCCUGAUAAUUGAGUUCUGCAGGGAUCUGACUAUUCCAAUCGACGUGCGCAAAACCAUCAUCAAUGGCUUCAUUUCUGACAUGGAAAAAGCCCAAAAGGACGCACGGGAGGUAGAGGACCGAUUUGACGAGUUAAGAAUCAGCUUCACCUCUUUCGUCGCGAAAUUUUCUUCCUGGGCCAAGGAAAGAGAGACCGAGUUGAAUGAGGAGAUGAAGCAAGUGCUUGAGGAGCUCGAGGACCUGAACGAACAACUACAGUCCCACGUCAAUGGACUUCUCUUGACCGCAGGUGUUGUAGGGGUUUCAACGGUUGUGUUCGGCCUGGCAUUUGCCUUUGGGCCUAUUGGCUUUUUCAUCGGGAUCGGUGGCUGGAUCGCGACCGGUGUGGCUGGCGCCGCUGCUACCGCGGCGCUUUUGGUGAAGAAAACCCGUGUUGAGAGGCAAAUCCGUGACAAGGAAGCGCAACGGGACCGACUGGAGCAGGAGUUGGAAGAUAUCCAACAGGCACGCACCAGGCUGGUCGAUCUCGGCCACCACCGGCUAGAUCUUUUCCGUGACAAUGUCAACGUGUUGAGGUCCAUCUGGACGACUGUGGCCGUGGAUGCCCGGAUCAUUGCUAGGUGGCUGGAGGGGUCCCUGGAUAUGGUGAUCUGGCCGCCAGCAAUGGAGUCUUCCCUGGUAGAAGGGAACUCGGUUUACAAAACCAUGGCUGGAUAUCUUAAGGAUUAUGCCAGAGGCAUUUCCAGCUGAUCUUGCAACGGAGAGCCCAGUGAUUUGGAAUUUGGCAGACUGAAAGUCGGGAAUGGACUGGAGAUCGCAGAGUAUUUGUUUCUGAAGAAGGUAGAUGGCCAGUGAGAUGGGUUACAAAGAAGCGAGAGGAUCAGGUGAUGCCCAUUCACCAAUAAUUUCCCAAUGUAGCAGGAGCGCCUACUAGCAAACAAGUACACGAGAAAACAGCAUGUCGUUGACAUCCAUCCACCCCU